CCUCUUUGAACGGUCCAUACCGCUUUUCUAGCCUACGCUAGACGACAGCAGGCUGUAUUGUAUAGAUUUUCUAUAAUAUUGUGGUGAUAUUAUAGUUUUUUCUGUCUUUAUGUAUAAGCGUUUGCACAUAAGAGCAUAAAUAAGCGUUAGUGUGUGUCUUUUCUGCUCUGUUCGAGCGCUAAAGCUAACGUGCUGCUAAUCAAUUCCCUUUAGCCACCAAGGAGCCACAUAAUUCUUUAUAAAUCCUGAGUUAUUUAUUAAACAGUGCAUUAAUGUUCACGGCUCCGUGUUCUUUACCCACCGCUUUUCGCACAAAGAGGUGUUUGUGAGCCAGUGCCAAUGAAAGUUCACAAGCAGUGACCAUGAAAGUGCACAAAAUAUCGAAACGCCACGUGAAAAACAAGUGGCGCACCCACGGGAAGAAAAUCCGGUUCGCGGACCCCUCCAGCUCCAGUCCGAGGCCUUCAACAGCAAAGUCUGAGAAUGAACUUGUACACAGACAGAAGCCCAAAGUGAAGCGGUUACAGAAGACUUACACUAAGGCCACGACCGUAACAUCCGAAGAUGGACGUGUGUCACAGGCGAAAGGCAAAGCCGUGUCUGCACCCUCCCCUCACGUCCACACCAACGGAGGCACUGAGCUGGAGGUUGGGAGCGACUCGGAGGACUCCCAGGACUGGAGGUCCUACGCCAAGAGCGUUCUUCAGAACGGUUUUGAGAAAGAAGGAGGUGAAGGGAAGUCGGUUACGAAUCAGUUAAAGGAAGAUGAGGUGAUCGAAUACCACAUGCAGUAUGACCGCUCCCAGAACCACACAGUAUUAAUCCUGAAGCAAGGCCAGUCGCUGUGUUUCAGAGGAACGUGCCUCCUCACUUGCCUGAGCGGUCGUGUGGAAGUCCUGGGCUUCACCAUAGAGCAGGGCCAACAGCCUUAUCCACUAUUCUCGCCAACGUCCCACUGUCCUCUCACCAUCAGGGCUAUGACUGAAUGCACAGCGUCCACCAAGAGCAGGAAGGAAAGCCAGCUGGAAGCCAAGGCCCUCGUCCGCAAGUACCUCUCGUCAGAACCGCGGAAGAGACUGCUGAGCGAGGUGGACGCAAACUCAUGCGUGAUGCUGCUUCAGCCACUGGACACCCCACUCACGCGUUUCUUGGGCAGCUUUGAAGAAUACAACCAUCUCUUUGGCCUCAACUCGAAGGAGCUGCGCUCUCAGGCGGCUCUGUGUAACCCGGCUUUCUCAGCCGUGGGCGUCACAGCGCUGCAGGGUUCCUGUGCACGUGGUCUGGUGGCAUCCAACAGCUAUAAAGAAGCCCUCAGCAGCUUGCUCAGUGCCUGGGAAGGGGAUUUCGAUCGCUGUCCUGUCAUUCUCGUGUGCGGAGCCAAAAACUCCGGCAAGUCGACAUUCAACAGACAUCUGAUCAACAGCCUGCUGAACCACACUGCGAGUGUAGAGUAUUUGGAGUGUGAUCUAGGUCAGACCGAGUUCACACCUCCUGGCUGUCUGUCCUUAAUCACAGUGACCGAGCCACUGCUAGGCCCUCCAUUCACACACCAGCGAGAGCCGGAUCACAUGGUGUUUUAUGGCCAGGCAGACUGCCAGUCCGAUCUAGACCGCUACCUGGACUCACUCAAAUCACUGUGGAGACACUACAGCAGAGAGAACCCCAUUAUUAUUAACACCAUGGGAUGGGUCAAAGGUCAUGGCUUCCAGGUGCUGGUGGACCUCAUCCGCUUCUUCUCAGUCACCCACGUGGUUCAGCUGAGCUACGGCGAAACAACCCAGUGCCAUACCCUCACUCCCGACCUACUGCGCUCUGCACACGGCUGGCACACGCAUCCCCUGGCACAGUCGGCCAUGGCAGAGGAACCAACCAAUCAGCUCGCAGCACGGGGUCACGUGCUCCUCAGCGUCCACUCGGAGUUCGAAGGGGCCGGGACCGCCGGGGAAAUGCGUCACCAGCGCAGUAACGAGCUGCGCGACCUGGCAUUGCUGGGUUACUUCAGCCAGCUACAGUCUGCAGGACUCGACCCCAUCCGCCCCCUGCACUGCUUCACCCCCUACCAGGUGCCUCACUCGGCUGUAGCCCUCGGAGUCACGCACUGUGACGUGGCCCCCAACCACAUCCUGUACGCCGCUAACGCCAGUUUAGUGGCUCUGUGCUGUCUGAGUGAAAAAGUGGCAGGAAGAGGUGGACCUGUGCUGCUGCCCCAAACCCCCAUCUGCCAGUGCGUGGGCUUAGGUGUCCUCAGAGGGGUGGACAUGGCUCGAGGGCUCUACUUUCUAGUCACCCCAGUGCCUCCUGCGACCCUGAGGCAGGUCAACUGCCUGCUGUUAGGGGAGAUCACACUGCCUAAACUCCUCCUCACUGUCCAGCACGGUGUUGAAACAGAGCUCCCUUACGUCACCACAGAUUACAGCUUUGAGGUCACCGGUGCAGGAAAAGUCCACGUCUUCAAAGGGCUCGCAAGACCCGGUUUUGUCAAAGCUAAACCCAAUAACUGAGCCCCCGUUAUACGGACUUCUCUUUCAACGAAUGAUGUUUGUAUCUGUAAUUGUUUUGUUUUAUAAACCAAAUAAAAAGGCUACAGCAGGCACCGGAUGUACAGAACGACAGACAUUUUGCUUCUUGGAUCAUGGUGCAUGAUGGAUCAUGGUGCAUGAUCAGGUUUUUUUUUUUUUUUUAGUCUUAAGUCAGCGCCUUGCCAUAUGGAUCAGUUAUGAUAAAAUGUUGUUGCCUGAUAUGUUUGCUACUCUUCUUUUUAUUCUUUUCUUUUUUAUACAUGUUCACAUAUGUCCUAAUAUCACUAGUAACAGGUUUGCUUGCAUACUGUUCGUUUGUCAGUUUGUUUCAGGUACCAUUCCCAGACUGUACAGACUGCAAGAUAUUAAAACGGGUUUCACUUUU